AUGCAGCCGUGUUGCUGGAGUGGCCAGAUGCGGGAGCUCAAGUUGGAGGCGAUGCAGAACUGCCACGGACCCGGUGUGGGUGCGGGCGUCUUCCGCGACCUUGGCAAGCUUGGCGUUCCUUUGGCCUCGUGUGGUGCCUGGGCGAAGCUUUUAGUCGCUGGCACGGAUGGGCUGCUGGAUGAGACUUGGCUGUGCUCGGAUCGUAUUCGAGAGGCGGCGCCAGAUGUCCUGAAGUCUUUGGUCAAGCAUCCAACUGCACUACUCCGUGGCAGGGGCAGUCGUUUGCCAGACCUGGCAUCAACAUUGACGGCGUCGCCACCACCAGCCGGCAUAGACGGGCCGCUUCUUCAGCAAGUGAGCCAGUCGUGUCCCGAUCAGUGUCAAUCCGCAUGUUCACCAUGGGAUCAGCCGGCCGACGCUGAUCCUGCUAUUGCCGAUCUAGCAGAAUUGGAGAGCCGAGACUCGUUCAUGAGAACUCCAAGCCAUGGCGAGUUUGGCGCAACCACGCGUCGAGCUCUGUCCUCUCUGGUCCAUCCUCGCGAUACCCGUUUGGAAAGCGCACGAACUCUUGCUCGUCAGCGCACUGACCUUCGACGACUCAGCCAAGCGAAUCUGCUUCCCGGUGUACUCUACGUACUCAAGAACCGUAGAAUGAGCACCCAAGGACCCUCGCUCGUUGUCGCUGCUGGCCCAGAACGUGCUUCUCCACCUCAAAAUGCGUACCAAAUGUCGAGUGAAUAG